AUGAAAUUAUUAAUAUUAAUUUAUUUAUUGUAUUUUACAAAUGUAAUUAAUGGAAGUAUUUUUGAAUAUAUUUUUUAUAAAAUAGGUUGGCAUCAAGCUGAUUUUUCUUGCCCAUAUUCUAUGCCACAAGAAUUUGUAGGUGUUUCAAAAGAUGAAGGUGAUUCAUUUAGUAUGAACCCAAUUAUUUUUCAAAAUCUGGUUCAAAAUCAAUAUGCCAAAUACUUAAAAGAACAAACUAUUAUUUUAGGAAAUGAAAAGAAACUUAAAAAUAUACAAAUAUUAAAAUUUAAGCUUCGUGAGUUGGCAAAAUAUAUUCAACAAGGUAAUGGAUUAUUAACUUAUUUUUGUAGUGGGUCAAAAGAUAUGAAGAAUGUAUAUAUGCCAGUAAAAAAUUUUCAUGAUGAAAAAAUCGAAGUACUACGCCAAACAAAAACUAUUCCGUGUACUGUUGAUACCUGUAAAAUUGGUUUAUUUUUUGUCCAUAAUAUGAAUUGUGAUGAAUAUUGUUUUAAUAAAUUUGCAAGAGUAGAUAAAAUUAGCAGAAUUUUUUAUAUUGUUUUUGAACCAGAUGACCAAAAUAAAGGUAUAUAUUUUGAAGGAGUUAGUGGAGAUUUCUUUCCAUUAGUACCUUGUCCAUAUCACAAUUGGGUAGUAGCAGCAUAUAUAACAAGAUAUCAAGUAAGAGGUUAUGUAGUUAAAGGUGGUCAAUCAGCUGGUAAAGAAUUUUUUGAUACAAAUGUAUACAUUCCAGCAUUUGCUGUUACAAAUACUCAUCAUCACAAUAAGUACUUUGUAUGUGGAGAACUUAUUCAGGAAGGUGAAAAAAAUAUUGAAAUUGGUUUUAAGGUUACACUUAACAAUCUUGAAAAUAAUGAAUUAAGGGGUAACAAUAUUAAAAUAGAGGGAGGAAAAGUUUAUUGUAAGGGUAAAGUUGUAGAUCAAAAAAAUUCAUAUGGUUAUGUUGACAGUAGUUAUAAUAUUAUAUCUGGAAAAUCAGAAAUGAUAUAUUUUGGAGAAGGAUUUAAAUUUUAUUAUAAUCAAAUUAUAUUGGUAUAUAAGUCAACUUCUAAUGAACUUUUUAGAGAAGAACGUGUUUUAUUAAUUUUUAAAAAACAAAUUUUUAAGAAUUAUCAACCAGAAUGCGCUGGAUAUAUAAAAAAUGUUAAAAUGGAAUUUACAUUUGAAAUAGAUAAAAAGGAAGUUCUUGAUGUACAUACAAAAAAAUUAGAAGGUGAUAAAGAAGUUGCCGUUGUUUUUUUAAAUAAAAAUUAUAUAGAAAAAGGUAAAAUAGAUAUAAGAUGUCGUGGAGUUAAGGCUGGUGGAAGAGAUGCAAGAUUCGAUGAUUUCUAUGAAUUAACAUUUAAGACAAAAUUACAAAGAGUUCUUGAUGAUACACUUAAAGAAAACACGCAACCAGCUUUAAGUGAGUUAAUAUUUUCUUCUGAGUCAGACAAUGUGUUUGGAUUAUAUAGUUGUCAAAUAGAUUGUCCUGGUAAUUGUGCCGGAAAAAACAAUUUACAAGAUAGAAAUAUUAUGUUAUUACCAGAAUCAAUAUUUGAAGCAACAACCAACACUAAAAUUUAUACAGAUAGCAAGGAAUAUUUAGUAUGUGAUCUCAAAGUAAACAACUUUGGUGAACUUAAAUUUAUGCAUAUACAAUACAGAGGAAAAGAAAAAAUUUCAUAUGAUGUUGUAAGAAAUAUUCCAGAAGAUGGUUUUAAAAAUAAUAAAUCAGCAAUUAUUUAUGUUGGUAAUAAAUACAAAUUUACUGAUGGAACAACUGUUGAAUGUAAUUAUACAGCAUUUGAUAGACCAUAUAUGUAUCAAAAAAAAGUAAUGCAAUAUAAUGAUUUGAGAAAUCAAAUUGAUCAAGUUGGAAAUAAAAUUUUGGUACCUAUUAUUGCAGGUGUUGGUGCAGCAGUCUUUAUAAUAAUAUUAGUAAUUGUUUUAGUAACAUUUAGAAUUAUAAAAAGAAGAAAGAAAAUAAAAUUGUUAUCAAAAGCUACAAGUGCAAGUGGUGCUUCUUCAAUGUCAAAAAGUGAAUUUACAAGAAGUACUAUGAGUAGAUCAUUGUCUAAAUCAAGAGGAACUAGAUCAAAAUAUUCAAAUUCAAAUUCAAAAAGCAAUAAAUCAAAUUCUUCUACCUAUAAAACUAAAGGAAGCAAAUCUAAAAGUAAGACUGGUAGUUUUGUAGGAUAA